AUGCAAGCCACGGACGGAGAACUCAACGAGAAGGGCGGAAAGAUGGAAAGUACUGCAAACAAGUUCAAGGCUUUCAUGCCAGCAUGGCUCAAAAACCUGAGCAUACCCAGUCGCGGCGCUUACCAGCAGGUUGGGGGGUCUGAUCUAACUCAGCCUGGGGCCCUUUCCAAGAAGUCAAAGUUGCCCAAGGCUCUCAGGAUCGGCUUGGUGAUAUUCAAGGUAUUCUUUGUCAUUUUCUAUUGCUACGAGACGUGGUGGUUUUGUCUGCACUGGGGAAUUGACUAUACCAUCUUCGGAAACGAGAAUAUAUUCCACGACCCACCGGUGGGCUGGACUAAUCUUCGGCUUGAACGCGCCGGAUUCCACGAUUCCCGCCAUGCCGUGUUCACCGCAUACGAAGGCGCCCCCAAUGCGCAGAAUAAUGCGGCAUGGAAUGACAUACUGUCAGUGGGAGUCGUUGCUAUCAACGAGAAAGAGAACUCCAAGCUCACAAACGGGUCUGCGCCGCUCCUCGGCAAGCCAGGACAAUACGUCGUGGAGCUGGAGAUGUUCCACCAGCUGCAUUGCCUAAAAUGGAUCCGUGACCAGUUCUGGGAGCUUAACGCCGUAGUGACUGAAAACGGAACGAUUGAGGAUUUUCCUCAGCGCGUUGACCACACUGACCACUGUAUCGACUACUUGAGACAAAUCAUUAUGUGCCAUGGCGACAUCACGCCCUUAACAAUGGAGUGGAACACAGAGAUCAACGGUUUUCUCGCCCACCACACCACCGAGCACCACUGUCGCAGUUUCGAUAUGAUCUGGAAUUGGGCCGAAGGGCGGAACACGACCAGGAUGGUAGCAGACGGGAGGCAUAAGAACGUGGAGCUCAGCGUUCCCGAGAAGUCUGAUAAGUAG